AAUUCCACGUUAAGAGAAAUUCCUCUUCUGCAGCUGUGGCUAACACAGGACAAAUAUAUUUGGGAUCAAAGAACAUAUGGUCAACAGAGCAGAAAACUCUUGGAAGGAUAUAAGGAUCCUUACAGAUGACUGCCUCAACUGCUGGUGAAAAAGGCUAAUGUGCUUCGAUACAUAACAAGACACAAAGCAGUAUUUCCUGCACCUACUUACUGAAAAGGAAAUGGUCUGCUAUUUGAUUUGGAUGCUUGUCCUUCUCUGCUGGAGCUCUGCAGCAGAUGAAAACUCUGUCAGAGAUGCUGAAAUUUUUCCCUCAUCUCCUGAAAUUGAGAGAGGAUCCACCCUGAAACUGUUUUGCAUUCUUGGAAAACACUACAUGUCUCUCAGAAAUGCAAGCCACAUCAUCUGGAAAUUGAAUCAUGAACUGAUUUCUCAGGAAAACUAUAAUGUUGUCAACGAGACAGUAUCUAGUGUAACCAUCCAUAAUUUCACUUACCAGGAAGCACGCGUGAAAUGUUUCAUUAAUUAUCUAGGCAAAGAACAACUUUUGGUUCACACUAAAGUUAAAUCUGGCUUUCCUCCAGACACACCAGGAAAUAUUUCCUGCAUUUAUUACUUUAAUGUUGAACUUGCUUGUAGCUGGACUUCAGGAAGACAAACGAAUCUUACAACAAACUACACUCUCUAUAGAAAAAUGAUAAGACGACAAAGUGUGACUAUCCCAAAUAUGAUUGGCUCCAGCUGCCAGAGCAAAAAUGAGUCAUGUUCAUUUUAUUACCCAAAUACUCCAUUUGGCAGUACUUUUUGCUUUCAGGUGAAAGCUGAAAAUGUUUUGGGUGAAGCCUCAUCAGAUUGUGUUCCUAUAGCUUUGGAAAAAAUAGAGAAGUUUAAACCUCCUGAAAUACUUACAGUACAAAAAAUUGCUGGUAUAAAGCAGUUGCUUGCAGUAACCUGGAAAAAACCUGAGAAGAUUAUACCUUCUCAAGACUUAAACUGCCGGGUUCGAUACAAAAACUUGUAUUCAAACUCUUCGGAAACUGUUGCUGUCAACUUAUCUUCUGAAGAGAAAAUAGCAUCGCUUAAUCUCACAGGUCUGUGGGAUUCUACAGAGUAUGCAGUUGCCAUUCAGUGCGUUAGUGUUAAAUCAAAAUUCUGGAGUGAAUGGAGCAGAGAGAAAAAGGCAAGCACAGAAGAAGAAGCCCCCUUGGAAAAAGUGGAUUUGUGGAGGGUAAUUGAAUCUUCACGCUCAGCUGGAAAUAGAUCUGUACAUCUUAUGUGGAAGCUAUUAAAUCACUUUCCACCACCUGGGAGAAUUCUAGGCUACAGAAUACAGUAUUUUCCAGAAAACCGUGCUGCUCUUAAAAUGAUGAACAUCACUACUGAUAAGAAAUUUACUUUACUUUUAAAUGAAGAGGCAUAUAUAGUAUCUGUUACUGCCUAUAAUUCUGCUGGAGAUUCUCCUGAAGCUACAUUGAGGAUUCCAUCUACUGAUGAAAAAACUUCUCAGAUUAUUGAAACAGUGAGGACCUAUACAGCAAAUGAAGAAGUAGUUGUGGAAUGGACGGCCUCUAAAUCAGAAGUGACCAGAUAUGUUGUUGAGUGGUAUGAGGACCUGGAGACAGAUCUUUUUAAUAGAUCAUGGCAAUAUAUAUCAAAUUCUACAAACUGGAGAACUAACAAGAAAACCUUUAAACCAUUUAUAUGCUAUAACAUCUCAGUGUAUCCUGUCUAUGGGAAUAAAGUAGGAGCUCCAUAUUCCAUACAAACAUACAUUCAGGAAAAAAAACCGUCAGAAGGACCUGUGGCUGACACGGGCAUUCCAGGCAAAAAUGAAAUUACAAUUAAAUGGAAGGAAAUUUCAAAGGAUAAACGAAAUGGCUUUAUCGAUAACUACACAAUAUUUUAUAAACCUGAAGGAGGAAAAGAAUUGAAUGAAACAGUGAACCCUGAUGUUCUGCAAUACAGACUGAAAUCCUUACAAGCAAAUACCCAAUAUACAGUCCAUAUCAUGGCAACCAAUGAAGCUGGCGGAACCAGUGGAGAACCAAAAACGUUCAAGACCUUGAAAUUCAAUAAAGAAGACAUUAUUUUUAUUGCUAUACCAGUUGGAUUAAGUAUGUUAUUCUUAUUAAUCCUUUGGAUAACAUGUAUUCUUAAAAAGCAUGUGUUUAAAAGGGUUUGUUGGCCUGACAUACCCAAUCCUGCAGAGAGCAUUGCAGUCGAAUGGCCGCUUGAUGCAUCUAUGACUAAUUCAUUCCUGAAGGGAGUAACAUCUGAAGAUAAAACUAUAGGUGGCUUGGAAGAUAUAAGUGUUUUGGAACCCUGUUUUUCUGAAGAACUUGAAGACUCGCUACUAAUGAAUUGUGAAAACCAUGUUUCAGAAUGUACUGAUAUUAAUACAAAAGGCGUGAUUAAUGGAGAUAAAAAGACACAAUAUAAUGAAGAGCAUGAAGCUGCUAAGCAUCUUUCAUCAUCCAUGCCUUAUGCGAUUAGUGACCAAGAUUUCAGAAGUCAAAUGCUUUCAACUUUGAUACCAGCCAAGAAAAUCCAACCCAUAGAGAAGCUCGAAGAUGAUUUACAUGAAUCCCAACAUACUUCACAUCAAAAUGAAGAAAAUAAGGAAGAUUUAAACCUCUUGGAUCUCAAUGAAAAAGCAGUAUUCAAUCCAUACCUUAAAAAUUCUGUUAAUACAAGGGAAUUUCUCAUUUCUGAGAACUUGCCAGAACACAGUGAGAAUGAACUCAAAAGCCAGUCAACUGCUGUAUCUCCUUUUCAACAAAGUGUUGUAGGACAAUCCUAUAUAACACUGGACAUGUUUGGAGUGGCCACAGCUCAUUAGCAUGAGAAAGCUUUCUGUGCAAAGUCCCCCUUGUGUCCUGGCAGUGCUGCCUCUUAUA